AUGUCAUCGAGAAACAGUAUUGAGAAUACAUGGCCUGAUGAUACGGUGAUCGACCCGUCACUCCUCGAUGAAGACAGAAAGAAUGAAAAGAAUUCAGAUACUAGCAGGUCAAGGUCUAGUAGAUCGUUGACUAGCAUCUCAGGUUCUAGCGGUGCCAGCUCUGGCAAGUCAGGGUCCGGUUUUGGUGGGCCAACGGCAGGAACUGAGAAUCGCGAGAUUAGCCCCGAAGAGAUAUCAGGGGAGGCACCGGCCGCCCCCGAAAUGAGCCCAGAACCCAGAGGUAUCAUAGAUCAAGCAUCCCACCAGUAUGCCGACACGAGCGUGACACCUAUGGGGUUCAUGAAUGGCGUAGCGCCGAGGUACGCUAGCUCCAUCUGCUACCGCAACGCGGCAAUCACAAUGUUGCUAAAUUUACCGUGUUUCACCAACUGGCUCUCCGGAGCCUAUUCUACAAGGCGCGAAGGAGGACCCUCUCACCCGUUAAUGGACGCUAUGACAGAGCUCGCAGCCACAUACUGGUCUCAGCCAACGGCGAAAGGAAGUGCCAGGCCUGCAGUACGGGCAAAGCGGCAUCAAUUGGAUACUGCCAUGGAUGGCUUUUGGAAACGGUUUCUUAAAGCCAGCCCUGGAUUUACACCCAAACCCACGCAGACGAAUUUCUACUGCCAAGAAGACUCUGCAUUAUUCUUGUCGACGCUUUUGGAAUGUGUUUAUGACGAGCUGGACCCGAUUAGCGUCCAUGGCAAGAUUUUGGGUGGCAUGUUCAGAGCUUGGCAUGCGACUUCAACAUAUUGCUCGGCAAAGUGCCAGAAAAAGAGAAAACGCAAGAGCGAAGACGGGCAGCCGGUGCUGAAUCCACCUAAUUGGAUCCAUAUCGUCAAUUUCCUGAGUCCAAAGAUCCGGCAUAAGGGAGCAAGAAGCUUCCAGGAGUGUUUCGAUGCAUCGCUUGAACAGCAGCAAGAGGCCGACUGCCCAAGGUGCGGGCGAUUGACCACCAGAUCUGCCAAAGACAAAUUUAUUAUACUGCCUAAAAUUCUUCUCACGCAGCUCAAUCGAAGCACAAACACUCAGGGCAAGAUCCAAGAACAUUGCGAAAUACCCCGAGAGCUUACUGUUGCCAUUGAUGAAUCGGCUCGCAGCAAGUACAAGGAUGCAAAAUACAGACUUGCAGCAGUGGUGGCUCACUCCGGAGAAUCAAGCACGUCGGGCCAUUACAUCAGUUAUGUCCGUGAUCCGGCAAGAACAGGCAGCUGGAUUCAGCUCGAUGAUGACAGGGUCAGACGCAUCGAUUUCGCAGAGAUUAAUCAUAACCGGGAAUCGAUUAUGGAGGACAUGUUGCCAUUCAUGAUGGCCUGGGAAUUGAUUGAUCUGCCCAAGGAACCCGCUGCGAGCGGAGAGGAAGCCGAAGCUGCCAAUAGGAAGGAAGCGGAAGCACGCAAGCAACAGCUCGAUGAGAGAGAGGCUGCCCUCGAUACACGGCAGGAGAAGUUGAAUGAAAGGGAGAAGGCAUUGCGGGUUCGGGAGGGGGAGCUGGAAGGGGGCAAGAACAGGCUUAAGACAAUGGCAGCGGACUUCUUUCGGAAUAGGAACGAAAAGCAGCAGGCUCUGGCUGAACGUGAAGCAGACAUCGAGCGGCGCGAACAGAGAUUGCAAGUUGAGAAAGAGACAGCCUUUGCACAGCCUGCAGCACAAGCAAGAGACCAGGUUGCACAUGAGGUCGACGAAGGAAAGGAUACGGCCACCUUCUGUGCAACGUUUCGAAAUGCUGCGCAUCACGAUGAAAAUGCUCGAGCGAUCUUCAAGCUCCGUGACUUCAAUCCAGAUGUCCCAACCAAGAUCGAGUCAACCGUUCAGCUCACCGACCUAGAGGGUAAUCUACGAUCCGUCAAAAAGGGCACCGCGGUCAAUGACGACUAUAUCAUCAUUUUCAACGUCAAGGGAGGCAAGAAGAGAAAGAGGGGUGAUGACGACCAGGCCGGCCCUCCACCGCCGCCGCCGAAAAAGGCCAAACGCCCAGCCAAACAAGACAACAGGCUCAGAACUCCUCCGCAGGAAAACGAAGGGCCACAAACGUCGCCCCCGGGGAAGAAUAAGUCGCCAGGUGCGAAGAAGUUGAAAACGUCACCAAAAUCCAACGAGAAGCCAAAGUCUCCCAAGACUACCGAAGCAAUAUCAAAGAAAUCUCCUCCUGCACCCCGCCGGUCCGCCCGCGUAAACAAGGGCAAAAAUUCGAAGAGAGCCUAG